AUGGAAAUCAUCUAUCCUGAACCUGACUCUGACUAAUCAGAAUAAAAUAGGUUAAUUAUUCUUCCUUACAUAGGGAAUUAAAUCAAGUAUAGAAACAAGGAUAAUGUUAAGUAAAGUUUCGACUAAUUUUCUAUAUUUAUAAACUUGUUUUGUUAUAUUUAGCUAUGAAUAUCAUCUUUUGCAUAUUUGUAGGUAACAAAAAUAAUGAUUACAAUUAAAUAAUAUAUUUUUGCAUCUUAGUGAUAAUAUUGAUGGUGAUUAUUAUAAUUUGCUUAUUGUACCAAUAUUGUUCGUUUUAAGAAGCUGAAAAUAAAGUAAGAUAAAUUAAUGAACAAACUCAAAUUGAAAUUGAUGCUAAUUCAAUUCUAUAUUAAUCAACAUUAAAAUUUAUGAUAGCAUUUACAAACUAGUCUAAAUAUUUAUGGAUUAAAAUCAUACUUUUAUAUUGUUCACUUUGUAUAAUAAUGUUUAUUAGCUAAAUAUAUCAAAGUUAAAUCUCUAUUUGUAUGUGUUUUGAUUCUAUAGAGAAUAUUCAUAAAGAAUUUAUCUAUUCAGAAUUAUAGUGCAUUUUAGAUAAAGAUUGUAAAAUAAAACAAAUUGAAACAAUCUCAUUUCCAUAUAUAAAACAAGUAAUUUAUAUAAAUUGGCCAAUUAUUGCUAUAUUAAUGGUUCUUUAAAUUGCUUAAGUUUUCUUCAUGGUUUUUUCAUUUUUUUAAAACAACUGUUGUUGUAGUUCAUUCAAAAUUUAAGAAUUCUAGCAUGUUUAUAAUAAUAAAUGUAAUUCAACAUAUUAUUUUUAUUAGAGAAAUAAAAAGCUAUAUCUUUUGGAUCAUUUCUUAGUGGAUCAAUUAUAUUUUACAGUUUAGGUAAAUUAAUUGUUCUCAGUUUAUUAAUGAUAUUAACUUAAAAUGAGACUUGUUAUGUUUUAGUAUCAUCAAAUUUAUUCUAUUAUCUAUUGAUAAUAAUCGUAUUUAAUUAGAUUAGGCAUACAAUUAAUUGUGGUAUAUAUUUUUUUAAUUAAUUAAUAUAGAAUAAGCAGUUGAAGUUUUAUGCUAUUAAAAUUCUUAAAUACUUAUAGAUUCGAUAAUAUUUAGAAAAAAUUUUAGAAAUGAAUUCUUUCGAAUUGGAUUAAUUUUAUGUUUAAUAUUCACAACUAUUGGUUAAUUAAUUUAUAAAAAACAUAAAAAGUAUACAAAUAUAAUCAAUUAUGAUAUCUUCAUUGAAUUUGAUUGUGGUAUAUUUCAAUUCAUAAUGCUCAUCAUUUUAAUUUAUAAAUACAUCAUAUAUCAACAUUGCAAUAAAUUACAAUAAUUAAUAUUCUAAAAAAAUAAUAAUGGAAGCAUUCAAGAAAUUUCAACAAAUUAAUCUUCAAUUCAAAAUUAAUCAUAAUUAAUUAAUAGCAGAGUACAAACUUAACCUAAUAAUAAUGUUAUUUUAAUUAAUUAAUAAGAUAAUCUACUUAAUUAAUUAAAAUUUACAUCCUAAAAUUAACCUACCUAUAUGAUUGUAAAACCUUAAACAAGUUAGAUGGAUUGUAUGAUAUGCUUAGACAAGUUGGAAAAAGGAUCUUCAAAUGUUGUUUAAUUAAAAUGUCAUCAACUUCAUAUGUUUCAUAUCAUUUGUAUUAAAACAUGGUUUUACCGUCACAGAAGAUGUCCAACUUGUAAUUAAGAAUUCAUAGAUUGA